AUGUUUGUUGAAGUAUCAUUCGUAUUGUUAUCAGCAAAAACAGCACUGGGUGUUGAUCGCUAUCAUCAUUUUCAUCACCGUUAUCAUGCUAAAGCGGGACAUUUCGAUUAUUUCAAAUUGACAUUGAUAUAUCCGGCCGCUAGAUGCCGUGCUGACAAUGAUGCUCUUCCGAAUAGUUGUGAAGUGCCGAAACAUGCUUCGCCAUGGACAAUCCAUGGCCUCUGGCCGAGCAAUCAUGAUGGCUCAGAUCCAGAAUACUGUGACGGGAGAGGAGCAAAAUUCAAUCUUUCGCAACUUGCAAGAAUUCAAAAGAAGCUUGAGCAAAAUUGGCCGAAUCUGUUCCCAAACGAGUCUGUUUCAUCGCUCUGGAAACAUGAGUGGAUGAAACACGGGACAUGUGCUGGUGAUGUAGUAGCUGUGAACGGUGAAAUACAGUACUUCAACAAAACGCUCGCACUUCAUGACCAGCUUGAUAUUUUUGGGGCUCUUAAAUCGCAUGGAUUGACUCCCUCGAUGAGUAAAACAUACAAGGCAUUGGAUGUGAGGAAAGCGCUACAGUCUGUUUAUCAAAAAAAUGUGGAAUUUCACUGUUUGAGGGAUAAAACAGAAAAUGAAUGGUUUCUAGCCGAUGUGCGCAUGUGCUUAAGCAAGGACUUUCAACUCGUGGAUUGUGAGCGGAAGAGACGGUCGCGAUCGCGAUCACGAUCCCCUAGAAGAGCGAAACAACGGCCCUCAUAUCAGACUUGUCCUGCAGAAGGUAUCUUAUAUAUAGGUGCCGCAUGUCACAGCACUGCAAUUGCAAUUGCCUGCAGAAUUAUGACAGUAUUGCUGUCAUUGCACAAUUUACACUGGGCCUUUUCUACCUAA